CAGGCGCGUUGACGUUCCUAGCAGCGAGCCGGAUGCCGCACUCCGAUACCGAAUCCCCGACCAAAACCGUGUCGUCUAUUGUACGUGAUGCAGUUCUCGCCGUGAUUAUUUCCGACUGCCUUCGCUUCGGUCCAUUGUGGCACUGCAACUCGAUGCAAAGUACGGGCCAUUCGAGUGAAUGAAUGAAUGCAUGAGGCACCUGAAUCUGAAUCUCCGGCCAAAUGCAUUCGCCAAUAAUUGAUCGAUCCCAUCUGCCCUUGUCCUUUGUGCAUAUAAUAAUCGGGUGUGUAUAAGUCAAAGCUUCUCAAGGAAUCCCAAAAACCAAAAAAGGGAAGUGAAGUAAAGAGUGAAUUCUGAUUUUGUUUCCAACUAACGAUCGUUCCUAGAGCACAUAUUAAGUUAAUCAAUAAGGAUACGACGAUAAAGUGGCUUUAUCCCCUGCUUUAUGUGAAUUAAUCAAGUUGAUAUUUACGUGACUCCACCCGGGACGGAAAAACAAAUGGCCCAAGUGCGUGAGACGCCAUAGGUGACCCCAAAAAGAAACCCAACCAAACCAAAAACCGGAAACGAAAUCGGAGAAGUCGCGCUCGCGUCUACCAAUCGAGUCCAAUGCAGUUGGCCAAAUGUGCGUUAGUUAGAGCCGACAACUUCAGAUUGCAAAAUGCGUUUGAAUGAACCAGCACAAAAAGCGCGACCCAGAACUAAAUCAACGAUAGAAGCCACCAAGUCAUCAGCUGCCACCGCCAUCGCAUAUUCGGGACACCGCUCCCCGGCGAGGCGGCGACAACCCAUUGAAUGUUCCACAACCUGCAACCUGAUCAGGCUGUUCCUCCUCACCACAACGAUCAUGGGCGGUGGAUUCGUGCAGGCCAAGACCAUCUACGAAUCAGUUAACAGGAUCCAGGCACUGGAUGACAUGGAACCCCUUCUGGGACAUGCGGUCACUGUCAAAGUUCCCACGGAGAAUGCAUCCACGGCCUCGCCCACAGCUCCACCUCCUCCGCUUCUGUCCACAUUACGGAGCAGUUACGAUUCGAAUGAAAUCGAUAACUCCUUUCCAGCGGAUGGGACCAGUCGGGCCUUGGAGGAGGAUUCCGAGUCAGACGAUGCCGAUUACGUCAUCCCGGAGGGGGCUCAGACAUCAACGGCGUCAGCAACGAUCCUCCCAGGAGGUAAAUCCCAGGAUUUAGCAUCGCUAUCCCUACAGGCAGCUGCCGUUGGGACGGUGGCGCCCAAGACCAGUCCAGAUUCUGGGCGGAUGAACUCCUUCCAGCAGAUCGGCAGCCAGAAAGUAAAUGCCUUAGUGCCGGCUACAGUGGCCACAGUGGUGGGCUCGUCCAACAGCUCCUCCGUGGCAGUUGGACCCACGGAGCCAGCAAGGAAUCGAAGUAGCAAUGUGCGCACCUCAGCCGUCAAGGUGGACAGCAAGCAUCCCCUGCCCAAGGGUCAGAAGACGGAUGCUCCCAUGCUAAACUACAUCUUCGAUACGUUCUCCUCGGCCAACAAACAUCAUCAUCAUGAUCAGAGGUAUGGACCCCACUUCGAGGAUAUGCAGCGAGUGGGUCAGGCCACCAAUCUCACCGUGCAGGCGGGUUCCAGCAUCCACCUAAACUGCAGGAUCUCAUUGCUGCAGGAUAAGACUGUCUCUUGGGUGCGCCACAACACUCAAGAGGAGGAUAAUGCCCUGGAUUUGCUCACAGUGGGCAUGCACACAUACACGGGUGAUAAACGCUAUAAAAUGGAGUUCCAAUACCCCAACAAUUGGCGACUGAAGAUAACCAAUGUAAAGAAGGAUGACGAGGCCAUAUACGAGUGUCAGAUCUCGACCCAUCCGCCCCGUGUCAUCCAAAUAAACCUGCAUGUGAAUGCUCCCAAAGUGAUGAUAGUGGAUGAGGUGGGGGAUCCACUCCAGGAGAAAUACUACGAGAUUGAUUCCACACUGCAGUUGUCCUGCGUGGUGCGAAAUGUGGCCAUGACCAGUUCUGUGGUCUUUUGGAAGCACAUUGAUAACAUCCUUAACUAUGAUGUAACUCGAGGGGGUGUUAGCGUCAAAACGGAACUGAUGGAGGAUGGAGCAAACUCUACGCUUUCGAUAGCCAAGAUUAGCAAAACGGACUCUGGCAAUUAUACAUGCUCCAUUAGCGAUUACCAGAACUUUACCAUUGUGGUGCACAUUCUGAAUGGCGAAAGCUUUGCCGAACUGCAUCACGGUGCCGCUGGAGUGGUUCGUGCCACAUGGUGGCAUCUGGUAAUGAUGCUCCAUCUCCUGGCACUCCUCCAGCUGACUGCAAGUAGGUUAAGGUGGGAGUUUAGCUAAGGUUCCCGAUUAUUUCCAUAGGUGUAGGCUAAGUGGGAGUAAACAAUAUGAUGGCGAUAACAUCGUUUAUCCUGUAGCACUUUUUGUUGAUUAAUUGUAAAGUAUUUGAAUUUGGAUAGGGCAGUUAUUAGAAAUAACUAAAAACGCAGCCUAAGUUUAACUGGCUAUUAUAGAUAUGUUUCUACGUCUAUCAUCAAUUUGUACAUGAGCAGGCACGCCUAGGAUUAAGUAUAAGCUAAGCUAAGAGUAUUUGGAACGGCAAAGUGGUCCGAACCGAACCGAAGAGAAGAGAGGCCAACGAAUUUCCCUAGCAGAAGGUGUCAGACAUUGUGUCAGAGCUAUGGUCUAGCCUAGAGAUAUAGUUGAUACAGGAAUGUAAAGCAUAAUGUAAUCUAAGUCACUACAAACAAGUUCAUUAUCACAAACGGGGCUGGCAUAACUUAAGCUUUUUGCAGAGUGGAAACAGCAGCAAUCCUGUGUGUGUGGGGAACUACUCAAUGUUGAACUAAUUA